AUGCCUUGCAUCACUAAGUGUGAGCCAGUGGAUUCCGAGUCUUCAGGCAAUGAUAGCAAAAGCAAUGACAAAUCGAACACUGAAUCCAAACGACCCGACGAUCGUAGAUCGACAUCCCAACCCUACCCUGACAUUAGACUCCCCCUUGAAUUGAAAAUGGCCUUGAACGCAUCGUCAGAUAAGCCUUCUCUUCGGGCCACCUGUGAUAUUUCCGUGGGCCAUGUUUGGGGACCCUACAGAACUGCAGGAAUCUUCCGCAAUAUUAGCCCAGUUGGUGAAAGUAAUUCUGCUAUGGUUUAUAGAGAGAUCACCAUCUUAACCCGAAAUUCAUGCGAUCUUAUUGUGCGAGUGAAUGAGGAAAAUGCGUGGAUAAAACUUCUUCAGGAACCAACUUUUUCAGAUGCCUGCAAUGUGGAGAUUGAUGUCGAUGCCUCAAUGGAGACCAUCACGGUUGUUGCACUCUCCAAUAUCUCAUCGGGCAGCCAAAUUCGUGGAAUAGUCAAGCUAGUUCAUUCCAAUUCUAUUGGAACAACAAAAAGCGGUUCUCCUUCACCACCUGUGAUCAGUAUAGGGUUUUCAAGUACUCCUGGGCCUAAUUCAACCUCCAUAGGGGGCCCAAAACGUGAUAAGAAGUGUCUCUACUGCGGUAUAUUCUUCUCUAGUGUGGAUACUCUCACAGCCCACAUGACAAAUUACUGCUCGCGUAGGCCUCAACUUACUUCGUCAGGCAAUACAAUCGGAGGAAAUGCUAGUGGAACAGUCGCAAAUUCUGCUGACAAGAGCUCAACCAGCACGACCGACUCUAGUGAUUCAGGUGUUGGGAAAAAUUCAACAACCCCGAAUCCCGCUUUUCCAUGGCCGAGUCGGACAACUCCUGGAAAACGUCUAAAUGGAAACGCUUCAAGCAGCACUCCGCAAUCACCCCAUUCGACUAGUAGAAUGGGACACGGAGGAGUUGCAGCAGGGACCUCUCCCACUGGUCUUCACCGUGCUCUCCAUCCUCCUAACGAAAUGGCGGGAGUUUUUAAUGCCGGUGAUCCAUUUUUAAAUUUCGCAUCAACUCUCGCUUCGCUCGCGCGCCUUCGACCCCAACUUCCUCCUACAGACAUUCCACAUCUCACACUUGGAACACUUCAUCCGCAAAUCAAUCACUCCAAACCAUUGGAAGAAAAGUCACCUCGCACACCCUUUUGUCAUGGUUGCCAACGGUUUUAUUCCAGUUCGAUAUACCAGUUCCACGUCAACAUCAGCCAAAAGUUGAAAAAGCUGGCUGAUGAAGGAAAUACGGAUGUCACACACCUAGCAGAGACUUCAAAGCGUCUGGGUUUAGUAAUGACAGCUCCGAUCAUUACGGAUGCUGGGUUUGUCUACGUUCCUGUUCAUCCAGAUUGCAAUGGAGGGACAGUGCCUGCCUCAGGACAAAUUGGAGAGUCUGGAAGCAGAGCUCCAUUAGAUCUACGAACAGGAAGAUCUUCGGUUUCCGAAGAGACAGAGAAGGAGAAUACUUUUCAGCAGGGAGCUAAUUCUGUUCCUAUUGCUGCUACAAACAAUCUCCUAGCAUCGCUCUUUUCAGGACUUGUUGGAGGUGGCUUGACUACUCCCGUUCCACAACCACCCCCACCUGCAAAUUGGUGGCUCAGUGGAGGAAAACUGCCCGAUGCUGCGACUUUAGAAGCCCUACUCCAAGCUGUCACCGCCUCCUCUUUACAGCCACAUCAACUUAACACUUCGUCGUCAGGUGGAGAAAUGGGUCGAAGUUCCACUGAAGGACAACUUACUAGUGUCGAGGUUCAAAGACCCUACCUUUGCAACAACUGUCAGACGAGAUUUCAAGCUCAUAGUACAUUCAAGGCACAUCAACAAUACUACUGUCAAGGGAGGCGUAAAAUAGGUGGAAGCAUAGCAUCCGAAAACACCGUGGCAGGUUACCAGGAUAAUACAGCAUCUUCAACUCCCCAGAGCACCAAGUCCUCAACUUGUUCGGAGCAAUCACGCUCACCAAAAAGACGGCGAAUCGAAGAUGUAGUUGCAGAGGCCUGCCAGACAUCAUUAAAAGCUACUAAUACCACACGUCCUCCAACAUCACCACAGUCCCAGGGGGGAGAUAGUAGUGAAACCUCUCCUUCAGUUCGAUCAAUAAACGGAGAAUGGGAACACGUGGGUGGAAGCUCUGAACUCCGCUGUCGCCUAUGUGGAUACAUUGGACAAACUCCGCGCGGUAUGAAGAUGCACAACAGACUACAUGAUGGAUCGUCAGCAAGCAACGCCAACUCGAGAUCAAAGCAAUCGAACUCAUCAAGUCCAAAUUCCCCCAGUUCAUCUUCGAUCAUGGAAACCAACUCCAGUCCACCCCAAACCUAUCCUACUCAACAAUUAUGUUAG